AUGACUUAUCAAGAGGCAUUUGGUACAUCUGCCGAGUACAUGGGGCACUCUCCGUUCUCCAGUCACAAACUUGCAUGGAGGUCCUUCCUCGAGUGGCGUUGGUAUAUGGAAGACCUCGUAAAAGCUCAGCGCGAAACUAGACUCUUGGGACAAGAAAGCCAAAAUCUCCUUGAUUCGCUAGUAGCAGCUGGGGAUGAUGAAGAAAAAGGGCGCAUCUCCGAGUCCGCCAUUCUCGGAAACAUCUGGGUUUUCGUUUUAGGAGGAUACCAUACCAGCUCAAAUACCCUCCAUUUUAUUUUCAUCCUGCUUGCCAUUCACCCAGAGAUUCAACGCGAAUUACAAAAGUCAUUGGAUGAACAUUUUGGAGAUCGGCCACCCUCUACUUGGACGCAUGAAGUAGACUUUCCUGCAUUAUUGAACGGGCACCUCGGCGCGGUAAUAGCUGAAACAGUUCGGGUUUUUGGAGUCCUUCCCUUCAUUCCAAAGUCAACGGGAUCUAGUUCCCAGACUCUAACUCUUGAUGGGGGUUUAUAUACGGUGCCAGCUGAAACUACUAUCCUGAUCAAUACUAGCGCCGUCCACCGAAAUCCAAAAUAUUGGCCCAUUACUCCCCCAAAACCCGGUGAGAGAGCGCCAUUCCCAGUCUCAAAUUGGGAUCCUUGGCGUUGGCUGCAAAUUGAGAGUGGAAACGGCUUGUUCAACCCACGGCCUGGAUCAUAUAUCUCAUUCAGUGAGGGCGCUCGACAAUGCAUUGGAAAGAGAUUCGCACAGGUGGAGCUAUGUGCUGUACUCGCUCGGGUGCUAAAGGAGGGUAGUAUCGAGCUUGCUGUGAAAGGAGGCAAUUCCGAGAAGGGAAGUUUAGAUUGGGCCCAGGCUAGAGAUCAUGCAAUAAAGGAGCUAUCAGAUGGAGUGGGUUUUGGAAUGUCACUUGAGUUAUUCGGCAAGGUUGAACUUUCAUUUGUUUCAAGAGAUUAG